AUGGCCGCCGACGACAGCAACAAGGCCCAGACCAAGUGCGUCACUCCAGAUAUCAACAAGGAGUACGGCCACCCCGACGGCAACGCUGGCAGUGAUGUACAAGUCAAGGACAACGGUCAGGCGGGUGACGACGACGAGGGCAACGGCGAGCAAUCCGGUGAUGUCGACAUGGACAGCCACAAUACCGACUCUCACAACGCGUACAUCAAGAAGUACAAGGAGCUCAAGAGUCAGCUGCGAAUGCAUUUCAGCCACAACAACAUGGCGCAGUUCGAUCGCAUCCAGCAGCAAUUCCGUCAACAUGGCUUGCUUGAUGAAUUAGAGGCCGAACUGCUUCAUCUGUACACUGCAGCAACAUUGAUCGCUCUCAGUCGCCGCAGUACUAGUCAUCGACGUGCUCCUCGCCACCGCGCUGCCCAGGUUCUACCUCGGCCGUCUGCCCAACCGUUCCACCCACGCUUGGUCCGUUCGAACAACGCUGCCGGCGGCCCGUCUACUCCUGGAACGACCAGUACCGCUGCGCAAAAUCGAGCGGCUCCUUCCACCCAACACGGUGCGACCGCGUCAUCAGUCGCCGUACCGCCUCCGGCUUCUGUUCUUUCAGUGCUUGUUCUUGCGAUUCCACAAGUCUCGCCGCCAACAACCCUCAACCUCCAGUCCAUGUCUCCGAAGCCUAUCUUUGACAACGUUUCUCUUGGAGGUGGUACAGGAGCGUUGAACGGUUCCAACCAGACUCUGUACCUCAAGGCGCCACCCCCAAGCCUCAACUACAACCUGCUCUCCUUCGAACUCACCAUCUUGGAGAUGGCUACGUACGCUCCAUUAGCAUAUCGAUGGUUUGGUUACACGCCUCGCGCUCGCGCCGGCGGAGGUCUCAUAGUCAUUGCGAGAAUGAUGUUGCGGGCGCGAGGCCUUGACAAUGGUCCUGACCUUACGGAGAACGUCGACAAGCUCCGAAGUACCUUGGGCCACAUGAGUAAACAGGACUACGGACCCAUCGUUGCCGACAAGUCUGCCUCCUCUUGGGUCCCUGCCCCUAGUGUCUUCACCGGUGGCGCAGGAAAUCUGAUUGCAGAUGUACCUCUACUUCGACUUCGCCACGGACUUGCUAAAGGUAGCGCCCCUCAAGGUCAACAUCGUGGUCGUCUUACCAUCGCCAUCGAGCAUGCAGAAGCCAAUCACCAUUGGGGUGUCAUGCUCAGCCAGGUUGAUGAGUACAUUCGACAGUGCAACCUCCCCGUACCUGCACCUCUCGCUGCGAGUGCCGAUGCGGAUGCCAUGAAUGACUUCAUGGUCACGUGGCGCACGGCUCACCCCCCUCCACCCCGUAAGUCUCGCAAGGUAUGA